AUGGAGAGGGAGAAUGAGACGACAGUCACCGAUUUCAUCCUCCUGGGACUCUUCCCUGAGUUUCGACAUCCCAACGUCAUCAUCUCCUUCAUCCUCCUGGUCUACACCACCGCAUUCGCCGGAAACGCGGUCCUGAUCCUCCUUAUCUGGGCGGACGUCCGGCUCCACACCCCCAUGUACUUCCUGCUCAGCCAGCUCUCCCUCGUCGACCUGGCCUUCAUCUCCACCACCGUCCCCAAGAUGGAGGUUGACUUCUUCUCUGGAAAGCGAAACAUCUCAGUCAUCGCGUGUGGAACCCAGAUUUUCUUCUACUUCACCCUGGGGGGAGCCGAAUGCCUCCUCCUGACCUUCAUGUCCUAUGACCGUUACGCGGCAGUCUGCCACCCCCUGCGUUACCCGGUCCUCGUGAACCCCAGAGUCUGCGUGCAGAUGGCGGUUGGAUCGUGGGUUGGGGGGGCCUUAAGCUCCCUAGUCCAAACUGUCUACACCAUGAAUCUUCCCUUCUGUGGCUCCAGGGAGAUCCACCAUUUCUUCUGCGAAGUUCCGGCCGUCUUGAAGCUGUCCUGCGAGGACACCUCGGCCUACGAGAUGUCAGUAUUUGUGACGUGCGUCGUGUUCCUGCUCAUCCCCUUCUCCCUCAUCGUGGCAUCCUACGCCCUCAUCUUCCUCUCCGUCCUGCGCAUGGACUCCAGGGAGGGACGAAAGAAAGCCCUGACCACCUGCUCCUCCCAUCUCACCGUGGUCACCCUCUACUUUGGUCCGAACAUCUUCAUCUACAUGACACCGGGCUCUUCCCAUAGCCCCGAUCAGGACCAGGCCAUGUCUGUUUUCUGCACCAUCCUCACUCCGCUGCUGAACCCCCUCAUCUACAGCCUGAGGAACAAGGAGGUUGGGGGAGCCCUCAAGAAGGUACUGGGGCAGCAUCCAGUCUCCAAAUAG